ACUUGUCGAGUUACUUUAGACACACCCCUAGGUGUCAGCCGUGUGAAUCCUAGCCGCCUCACCUGUCCUGGGUGCCGAAGACAUACGAUAGAGUAACCAUACGUGGACAAAUGCUGUAGCAGGGAUCAUGGUGGGGGAACUUAUAGUCACUUUAAUGCUUCUACUUUGUUACAUUCCUGCAACCCAGAGCCAAGAAGAUGGACAGACCUCUAGAUUCUCCAACUACGCAGUUGUUAAGCCUCAACUCAUUCAGAGGCGAUGGACAAGGAAUGCGGACAGACAUUCUAAAUCAGGACAGACAGAAGCACCUGACAGCAUUUCUUAUUCAUUGAUAAUUGAAGACAAGGAACACGUCCUUCAUCUGAAAAUUAACAAAGACUUUUUAUCCCCAAACUUUGUUCAAUAUUCCCAUACAGCCAGUGUGAAUCCAACAGCUACUUACCCAAAUCCAGUGGUCCAUUGCUACUACCAUGGGCAUGUCAGGGAUCAUGAAGACUCUCUGGUUGCCCUCAGCACCUGUUCAGGACUCAGGGGUGUCAUCCUCCUUGGCAACGACAGUUAUGGACUGGAACCCAUCAAACAGUCGUCAACCAAUGAGCACCUGCUUUAUCGUCUGGAGCAUAGCCAAUCAGAACCCUUUUUCUGCGGUGUGACCACUGAGGCGUCGCAGACUGAGAGUCACUCACGCUUUGACCCAUCCCACACACUGACGGCUCUUUUACGGAAAAAACGUAAUUUACCUCAGACCAGAUAUGUUGAGUUGGUGUUGGUUGUUGACAACCUUAGGUAUACCAUUGAGAAGAACAAUGACACAGCAGUAUUUGACAAGAUGGUGGAGUUGGCCAAUCUGCUUGAUGGGUACUACAAACAGCUGAAUGUCCGUGUAGUGUUGGUGGGCCUGGAAAUCUUCAAGAACGAGAAUCCCUUUAGCGUGACUGACCCUCCAGGGAACGUGUUGGGAAACUUUGUCAAGUGGAGGCAGACAAAUCUGUUACCACGGGUCAGGAAUGAUGACGCACAGCUCAUUGUUGGUCGGUCAGGUCCAUACAGUGGAGGGAUCCUGGGCAUGGCGUUCGUGGGCACUGUGUGUUCUGCAUCCACUGCGGGAGGCAUCAAUGUGUUCAGCGAUAACAACCUGGCCUACGUCUCCACUGUGGUGGCCCACGAGAUGGGCCACAACCUGGGCAUGAUUCACGAUGUCUACCCCAGCUGCACCUGUCAGGGACCGGGAGGGACCUGUAUCAUGAACGCCUAUGCAACUGGCUCCACGGUGUUCAGCAGUUGCAGCGCCUCUAACUUUGAGAGCCUGGUGCUGGGUGGAGGAGGGGCGUGUCUUCUGAACCCGGCCACAUCCACGUUGACUGUACCUCAAUGUGGAAACGGCAUUUUGGAGACCGGAGAGCAGUGUGACUGUGGAACACCUCAGGAGUGCACCAACAAAUGCUGUAAUGCAUCCACCUGUACGUUUUCCUCGGGGUCCACCUGCGCUCAGGGGAGCUGUUGCCAGAACUGCCAGGUCAUCGUGUCGGGCACACCCUGCAGAGGGUCAGUGAACACGUGUGACCUGCCGGAGUACUGCAACGGCUCGGCACCGACCUGUCCCUCAGACUUCUAUGUCAUGGACGGGCUGCCCUGUCAGGACAACACUGCAUACUGCUACGAAGGGCGUUGCCAGACCUACAACUACCAAUGCCAACAACUCUUUGCACCAGGCGCAAGCAAGGCAGCAGACAUCUGCUUUCAGACUUCUAAUCUUGUAGGAGAUAAGUAUGGAAACUGUGGAAUAACAUCGACAGGGGCCUAUGUGAAAUGUACUAUGGCAAAUGCCAUGUGUGGGAAACUGCAGUGCACCAACGUCAACACCAACAACCCCCCUCCUGGAGGGUCAGUCAGUAACCAGAACAUCAAUGGGUCUUCGUGUGUCAACGCAGACUUCAACCUGGGCCCCGAUGUGCUGGACCCGGCCUACGUUCACCACGGGAGCCCAUGUGCCACGGGAAAAGCCUGUGUCAGCUUCCGGUGUGUGAACGCCACGGCUCUACUGGCUGUGAACCUCACCUGUGACGCGCAGACUACGUGCAACGGCCGUGGGGUGUGCAACAACAUGGGGCACUGCCACUGUAACGACGGCUGGGGUCCCCCGUACUGUGACCGGUUGGGGAGGGGUGGCAGCGUGGACAGUGGACCGGCUCAGAUAGACUACUCUCUGAGGAAUGGGCUGCUGAUCUUCUUCCUGCUGGUGGUUCCUGUCCUGAUCCUACUGGUUCUGUUGCUGCUUUUUGUCUUCAGAAGGGACUCCUUGGAACCUUGCCUCCAGAAACUACACCCCAGACAUUUGAGGCCAGGAAACACAAAUGUCCAAACUAUGGCCAAUGUCCCAAGACAAGCAACACCACAGCCCCCGCCAAUACAGCCCCCGCCAAUACAGCCCCCGCCAAUACAGCCCCCGCCCAGUCAGCCAGUGUCUGCAUACCCAUCAUCUGUUACCUCAGCGCCCAGAUACACAGAAAGCACCAACUGGGACCAACCCCGCUCCGCUCCGACACCCGUUCCGAAGCAGGGUCCAGGUGUUCCGAGACCCAUCCCAUCCAAGCAGAAGCCCUAACGGAAACUCCUCCUUGUUGCCUAUUUAAUGAAAAUGGCAAUGCACUGUAACCUCUCUCCACAGCUUCCUUGAAAUUUCAUUACCGGGGCCACCCAACAUAUAUCUUUUGUGCAGCUCAAACUGUUGGCAUGUUAUCAAGAGGAGUGGUCAUGAAAUCAGGUGGGUCAAUUCAAUCACCGCUGUGUGGUGCAGUCAGACCACAGGGCAAGAAAGCUGUUAGCAGGAUGUUGAUGUUGGUUUUAUCUAUGGACUUUAAACACAAGGGUGUUUCCCUUAUGUAUUUUUGUAAAUGUGUGUAUUUAGAACGUAUGUAUUUAAAAAUAAUCAAAAUCACUGUGAUCCUGCUUGCAUACAUUCUGGUUCAGCACAGAGCAGUCACCAAACCCACAACCUUAUGACCUUUCAUAAGCCAUGAUAUACCAAAGAGCCAAAUGACACUUAUAUGGACUGUACAUCUCACUAAAAUAUAUUGAAUGUAAUCUUUAUUUUAUUAAAGCAGGGUAACUUGGUGACAGGGACUUUUUUUCUUGAAUUCCUUUUAACAUUAAAGUAAAAACACUUAUGUUAAUGUUGUCAUUGUAAAAAUGUUUUAUAAGCACUUGUUAUAAUGUAUUUUUAAACGAUGUAAAUGUGGA